AUGUGUAGGUGGCUUGUCUACGCUUUGCUAAUUCUAGUCGCCAUUUUGAAAAUAUGCAAAAGCACGCACGUCUUCAAAGUGGACAGAGAUUUUAGUAAAGUCAAGUCUGAUACCGAGGUCGCCAAACACGUUGAGGAGGUGCUUCGGAAGCUGAGGACGUUCAAGGUGGCGGUGCACCCACGGGUGCGUCUCCUCUACCGGCUGCUGAAGCGGGGAAUGGCGAGGCACGCGUACCGCGUCUCCGACUCCCUCUACGUGCCUUACGUGUACCGCGCGAACAACAACGCCGAAUCA